UGGGGAAUACCCUUCAUGCUAUAUCAAUUGUCAAAGAGUUUCGUUUUUAAAUUUUUUUUCAAUGGAUUUGUUGAAUCAAAGCAUCAAAGAAAAUGUUUUUCCUAACUCUAAGGACGACGAGAUGAUGACGAGAAUUGAUUCAUCGUCUGCUAUAAAAGACAAAAAACAAGGGAUUUUGCUCAUUGACAUAAACGAUGAACGAAUACAGCUUCAGAGCAAAGCUGAUUUAGCUAGAAAGCUCGGAUGUAAAGAGGACGAGAUGAUAAAAGUUGUAUCUAUCUUUGGUAACACUGGAGAUGGCAAAUCACACACUUUGAAUCAUGCAUUUUUUCAAGGCGAAGAAGUUUUUGCAACUUCAACAUCACAAACAUCUUGCACAAUUGGUGUUUGGGCAGCAUAUGAUGAGCAAGAUAGGUUGAUGAUAGUUGAUACAGAAGGAUUAUUGAGUACUUCAAACAACUCCAACCAGCGUAAACGUUUGCUAAUGAAAAUACUAGCGAUUUCAGAUGUUAUCAUAUAUCGCUCAAAAGCGGAGAGACUUCAUUCUGAUAUGUUUACUUUUCUUGCUGAUGCUUCAAAGGCAUAUUUGAAGCACUUUUCACCAGAGCUGAAAGCAGCCAUUGGUAGAGGGCAAUUAAAUUUACCCUUGUGUUCACUUGGGCCAGCUGUGGUUAUUUUUCAUGAAACUCAUUACACUGACUUCCUUGGUGCUAAAAGCAGUAAACCUGGAGAAAGCAUCUCUGCUGAUGAAAUUCUAAGACAAAGAUUUGAAGAUGUUGGCCGCAAUCCAGAGGCUUUCAGUUCCAUAAAAUAUGUGGGCACGAAGACAAAUCAUAACUGUCCAACAGAUUUUCAAGAAUUACACAAGGCUGUAGUUGAACUGGCAAAUGAUAAUUCUGUUCGAUCAAGAAGAUCACUUGCUGUUGUGUACAAUGUUUUAUGUCAUCUAAAUGAAAAAUUCAAAGGUGAAAUAGAAAGUGUUGUUCCCGACACCUUUCCAGAUUCCUAUUUUACAUGUUUGACACGCUGUCAAUGCUGUCAUGUACGAUGUGAAGGAACAAUGAACCACAUUCAGGACGGGACACCACACCACUCAAAGAAGAGCUGUUUUUACAAAAUGCAAUAUGAUAACAAAUAUUACACAUGUAAGGCAUGCCACCAACGUGGAAAGGAGAAUCUUGUGAUGAGCAAAACAUAUGCGUCAUGUGAUGAUUCUCUUAGCGGAUUGGCAAAUUAUGCUUGGUCAGGGUAUGUUAUUGAGUGUCCAGAAUGUGGCGUCAUCUAUAGAAGUCGUCAAUAUUGGUAUGGAAAUAACGAUCCAGAAAAGACCGUCCUUCGAACACAUAUAAAACACGUUUGGCAAGGUGAACAUUUUGGUGGAGUCAAUCAUACAGGUCGUCGUGUAGUGGAUGCUCUAAAUUUUGUUAAACAAACCGUUGGCGCUGUGAGCCAAACUCCUACAACAUUUGUUAAAGAUCUUGUGUCAGAUGCAAUUGCACCUAAAUACUGGGUACCCAACUCUGAAAUCAAGGAAUGUCACGCUUGUCGACAUGUUUUUGCCGCAUCUGAAAGUAAACAUCAUUGUCGUGCCUGUGGCCAUGGUUUUUGUUACAAUUGUUCUGACUUUAGUCGACCGGUGCCUGGUAGAGGAUGGGGUAACGCACCUGUAAAGGUUUGCAAGAAGUGCUUUGACGACACACACGAGGAAUGUCAAAGAUCGGAGAAUGAUGAAAAUUUGGUGAUGAAGGAUGCAAGCGCUUUGAAUGACUGUCUUGAUGAAGAAGAUGAGAAAGAUGAUCUGCGCACACGCAAGUUUGGAGAGGUGAUUCAAUAUUCCGCAAGUGCAAUCGUACAGGUCAUAGAACGUCCGUGCGAGUUGAUAAAGGAUGUUGUUCGUCCAUCUUAUUGGAUAGCAGAUAUCGAUAUUGUAUCUUGCGCGUGUUGCAAGUACACUUUUCAAAGGUUUGACUCGAAACAUCAUUGUCGCGCCUGCGGUCAAGGUGUUUGCGGUCAGUGCUCAACGAAAAAGCGCGCCGUUCCAAAUCGCGGAUGGGGGUACCCUGUGCGAGUUUGUGAUACUUGUAUAGCUAUGUCAGUUUAAAGAACAAGUGUACAGUCGCACAAUAAGACAAGUGCAGCAGGGCCAAUUCGCUGUGCACCAUGUGCUGUGUAUAGUAAAGUAGACUACUGUGAUACUGUCUUAGGUUAGCCAUUUCACAAUUCUAAUUGAUCAAAGAAGAAGACAUUGAUUGGCUGCCAUUAUGAUAGAGUGGCAUAAAACUUUCAAUGGAGUGGCCCUGCUGUAUAUUCCUCAUUCUAUGGUACUCUUAUGGCUAAAGCAUAUGAAAUCUCCACGAGAUUAUUUUUGUUUUAAUAAAUAAGAAAUAUUUACGAGUCCCUGCAUGUUCCUGGGAAAUAACUUUAUUCAUUACGUCAAUGUCCCUGCAUGUUUAUUCAUUAUAAAAAUGUCCCUGCAUGUUUCUGGGAAAUGACUUUAUUCAUUAAGCCAAGAGUGCAUAUGUCACAACUUCUUUUUGUGCUCAAUCCAUUCUGCUACUUUAUGAUGAGAAUGAAAAGCUUAUUCAAAAAAGAAAAACAGUUAAA